AUGGUUUAUCAAAAGUAUGGCCCUGAGACGAGCCAGGAGGAGCGUCACCAGCGCCAUAUGCAGAUCGUGUAUGCGCGGAAAAUACGCGAAAGACAGACUUUUAUGGAUGAUCUCAAACAAUACAGAAAACAAAGAGAUCGCUUAUUGUUCAAGGAAAUAAAACAGGAGGUGGGACCGCGGUGGUAUCAAGCACUCAGCGUACCACAACGUGAAGCAUUAGAUACAUUGGAAUUCUGCAUUUAUCAAGAUUUACUUGAAGGAAGACCGGUGCGAACUGCUCGCGUUAUGAAAAUACUUGGAAUCGUACCUAGACCUACAACUAAUGACCUUAUGACAUGUGUCUAUAUGGGGCGCAAUGAUAAUAAAGAAAUGUUGGCACAUCUGUUUCUUAUAACUUAUGGGCAUACCAUUGACGGGAAAAAGUUUUCGUACCACUUAAAUGCGAGGCUUAUGUUAUCGGCAAUACUCUAUUUAGGAUUGAAUAACUUGAUCGCUUUACUUCGGGAAAGAUUUCGCCCUGAAUGUAAGGAGAAGCCAAAAAUUGCUAAGGUGAAACCAAAAAGCAAGAAACCUCUAGCAUCACCUUACUUACAAAAAAUGGUUGCGGCACUGUAUGUGCCCCCUGAACGUAAACGCCCUCGCCCGGCACCAUUACCUAAUUUAGACGACCUUAAUGAACCCUUCGAAGAUGAACCUCCGUUACCAAAACCUCCAGCAUUACCUCCCCCACCACCGCCUCCUCCGAAAAGGUUACCACGGUCGUAUUGCGACAAGUUGGCGGGUUUCACAAGAAUAGAACCUCACUCGUCUAUCACAGCUAUGACGAUGAAAACUAUAACACAGACAAGUCAUCGGAAAAUACGUGGAUCGAAAUUAUCCCUCACUGAAGUGAAAAAAACAUACGGUAUCAGUAUGACAGCUAAUAAAAAGGGAUGUAGAAGGAGGAAACCUGUUGCCCCUAGUACAGGAAUGUGGAAUGCUCAGUAUACUAUCAGCGGUGUGUCUUACAUACACGGCCGAUCUGUUUAUUUACUGAGCAGUGUGUCAAUAUUACCUCCACUCGGAUAUUUGAUUCACGGAGGAUACAGAUAUUUAAAUGGAGAAUAUAUAAAUAUAAACUGUGGUUUCUGCGCUAAGCCACCUCCCCCGAAACCAGACCCUUGCGAUUGCCUAAAGAAAUGGAAUAGUACUAUCUUUGAGUACAUUAAGAAAACUAAAUGUUACUGCCAACAUCAUUACGACUUCGGUAAUGAAGAAACAUUCCCUCCGGAGGAAUUACCAUAUUUUCAGAAAGCAACACGUCAUACUCCAUACCAAUUCAAUUAUCAAACUAUUUUUAACUUAAGCGAUAAACAACUAUUCGUGGAAAAGGAAUUCAAAAGAGUUUGGGAUACUGAAAGCAUGCUACAUGUGAACGACGAUACAGUGGUAGACAAAAAAGAUAAAAAGAAAAAAAAAACCAAGAGAUCGUCCACCACUUGUUUGGGACAAGAUCCGAAGCCUGAAGACUACUUAAGAUGCGCAUUACGAUUGAUGAGGCGUGUUAAUUUAGCAGCUCGUUUGCCUGAUAUACACUUGGUUCCUGAGUUGAGAGAAUGGAUGAGAAAACGCAUAUACGGUCCAUAUACUCAAGCAGAAAGGCUUGAAAAGUUAAGAAAAAGUUCUAUGUACUGGCAGUUGCUCGACUCACUGGUAACAAAGGGUUUGGGCCAUGUUUCGCCACCUCAGGAUCCAAUGUAUUCAGGGCUUACUACAUGGUCACAAAAACAACAUUUAAAUGAAAAAUUCAGAGUUUUCAUGAAACGAUACAGAUUGGCUUUAUUUAGAUCUCAAGCACAUUUAGCCAAUUUAAUGUGGGCUACUAUGUUCCAAGCUGCCUUCCCAGAUAAAAAAUUUAGAGAGAUUUACUUUUCGUAUUUGUACGCGCGCAUGGAAGAUUUAAUGCUCAUGCAUCCAUACAGUACGAGAGAGGCAGUUGAAAGAAAGUAUUUAAUGUUAAAUAAUCGCUACUGUUGCCUUCCAGACGGUUUCGAACCAGAAGACUAA